AUGCGGAUAGAAGAGCUCGUCAUCGAAGGAUUCAAGUCGUAUCCUGUGCGGACGCAGAUCACAGGGUGGGACCCAUCGUUCAACGCCAUCACCGGUCUCAAUGGAUCCGGAAAGUCUAACAUCCUCGAUGCCAUCUGUUUCGUGCUUGGGAUUACGAACAUGUCACAAAUGCGUGCACAAAACCAACAAGACCUCAUCUACAAGCGAGGCCAAGCAGGCGUAACAAAAGCGAGCGUCACCAUCGUGUUCGACAAUUCAGACAGGGAUAAGAGUCCAGUUGGCGUUGAGCACCUCAAGCAGAUCACAGUUACUCGUCAGAUUGCGUUGCCCAAUAUCUCUAAGUACCUUCUCAACGGCCAUAAGUCUACUCAGCAACAAGUCCAUAACCUCUUUCAAAGCGUCCAGCUCAACAUCAACAACCCCAACUUUCUCAUCAUGCAGGGAAGAAUCACAAAGGUCCUUAAUAUGCGUCAUCAAGAGAUUUUGGGCAUGGUGGAAGAAGCCGCUGGAACCCGUAUGUUUGAAGACCGGAAAGACAAAGCCAAAAAGACCAUGUCCAAGAAGGAAAAGCGCGUGCAAGAGCUCACUUCGAUCCUUGCGGAAGAAAUUACGCCCAAGCUAGAUAACCUUCGGGCAGAAAAGCAACAGUUUUUGGCGUGGCAGAAAGAGCGUACAGAGUUGGAACGCAUCGGCCGUGUGCUGAGAGCAUGGGAAUGGACGCAAGCGAAGAGCCGUGUCGACAGCGUGGACGAGGAGAUUGGUCAGAAAGCGGAAGAAAAGGAGGAGUUAACAAGGAAGAAACAGAAGUUGUCGAAGGAACAUCGUGCGGCUGAGAAGGAGUACGAAAAAGUGAAGGCAAAGCGGGAGGCUGAGCUUCAGAAGGGAGGGAAACUAAAAAAGAUGGAAGAAGAGGUCGCUGAACUCGAGAAAGAGCUUGUCAAGUUCAAAACACAGGUUGACCUUGCCAACGGAAACAUUGCAGAAGAGAAGAAGAACGUGGCCCACGAGGAAAUGGAACUCCAGGGACUGCGAGUGGCCCUACAAGAGAAACAGGCACAGGUGAAAUCGGUGGAGGAGGCGUAUCAAGAAGUAAAGAGUAAGCACGACACCACAAACUCGGCGUUGUCCAACUCAGAGGAGCUGCUGCAAACACUCCUUACGGGUCUUUCGUCGAAUGCCAACAACUCGGGGGGCGGUUACAUGGGGCAGCUGGCAGAUGCCAAGGCGCGACAAGCGCAAGGAGCCGCAGAGGAAGAGCAGAGCCGGGUGAAGCUCUCGAUGCACGAGAAGGAAUUGAAGGCGGCCGAGGCAAAGCAGAGAGAAUUUGAGCAUGACGUCCACAAGGGAAAACAGAACCUGGACAACAUGAAAGCACACGUGAGUAGACUCAGGCAGCAGCUCGAGGCCUGCGGAUGGAGUGCGGAACAGCAACAGGCGUGUGAGGCAGAGCUCCGCACUGCAAGAGAAGAAAUGCGCCGCGUGACUGAGGAGCGCGACACUGUCAAACAGCGUCUCUCGUCCCUUUCCUUUGACUAUACCCCACCACAUCCAAACUUCGACCGGUCCAAAGUGAAAGGGCUCGUUGCAACGCUGACCUCGAUUCCACCAGAGCACCAGAACAAAGCUACUGCACUGGAGAUUGCUGCGGGGGGAAAACUGUAUAAUGUUGUCGUGGAGGACGAGCGUGUCGGUAAGGAAUUGUUGCAGCACGGGAAGCUCAAAAAGCGCGUGACAAUCAUACCACUGAACAAAAUCAAUGCAUUUACUUUGUCUGCACAAAAACUCGCACAAGUCUCUCAACUGGCACCUGAUAGAGCCCAUCCCGCUCUCUCGCUGAUCGGUUACCCACACGACGUAGCCCGUGCCAUGGCUUAUGUUUUUGGUGACACCAUCGUUUGCGCGGACGCGCAGUCGGCCAACGUGGUUACGUUCGGAGCCAAGGUCCGCUCAGUUACGCUUGCGGGUGACCUCUAUGACCCGUCUGGCACGCUGAGUGGUGGUGCCGCCCCAAGUGGGAGUGGGGUUCUGACGCGCGUGCAAGAACUGUUGGAGGUAGAGCGGAGGCUCGGAGAGGCGCAGGGACGGCUGAGGGAACUAGAGAGGGGAGAAGAGGCCGGGAGAGGCACGCGAGAGAAGUGGAAAGCACUCCAUAGAGAAUUGGAGAUCAGGGAACACGAGGCAAAUUUGGCGGAGGAGCAGCUCGGUGGGAGUAAUGCUGCGAGGCUGAGUGCGGACGUCGAGAACCUCAAACAAACGAUUGCGCAACUGCAGCGCGCGGUUGAGGCUGCGAAAGAGAAGCAGAGGACGGCACAAGAAGAUGUACAACGGCUGGAGAAGGACAUGCAUGAAUUUAAAAAUAACAAAGAGGGGAAGAUUAACCAGCUCAAGGGUGAAAUCUCUAAGCAAAAAGCCGUGCUUCAAAAACAAGCUGUCAUCGUCAAGACCCGACAGAAGGAACAUCAAACAGCUGUACUUGAGUUCGAACAAAUGGUGGAAGACAUCGCCAAUGCUGAAGCUUCCAUCGAGAGUGCAAACGCGCAUGUUGCAAAACUGCAGAAAGACGUGGACAAAUUGCUGGGCAAGGUCAGGGAAGUAGAGACCAAGCAUGCGCGUUCGACUGCACUCCUCACUGCUGAACGUGCGACGCUAACCCACUUCGAUAACGAAAUGAAGUCGCUUGAGGAAGUACUACGUGAGCGAAAGAAUGGCAUGGAUGAGGUGGACUUUUCCGUGAAGAGGCUCGAACUCGAGAUCACGCAACUGGAAAAGGAGAAGGUAGCUCAGAGGAGUGCAGUCGAGAAGUUAGAAAAAGCCUGGGAGUGGAUUAGAGAGGAAAGCGGGUCGUUUGGCAAGCCAGGGACGCAUUAUGACUUCGACAAGAUCGACAUCGGGGGCCUCCAGGCCAAAGCCAACGACCUAGAAGAGAAACAGAGAAACGCGAAGAGGAAGGUGAACCCGAAAGUCAUGAAUAUGAUCGAUACUGUUGAAAAGAAAGAGACGGAAGUGAAGAAGAUGCUUUCGACGGUUCUGAAAGACAAAGAGAAAAUCGAAGCGACGAUUGAGGAACUUGAUCGCUAUAAGCGAGAUGCGUUGGAGAAGACGUGGGAAAAGGUUGAUCGUGACUUUGGUGGCAUAUUUGCGGAGUUACUACCGGGAAACUUUGCGAAGCUACAGCCACCCGAAGGCCAAGACCUAAUGCAGGGCCUGGAGGUGAAGGUGCAGCUUGGAAGUGUGUGGAAGCAGAGUUUGACGGAGUUGAGUGGAGGACAACGGUCGCUAAUUGCGCUGUCGUUGAUCAUGGCACUUCUGCAAUUCAAACCCGCGCCAAUGUACAUUCUUGAUGAAAUUGACGCAGCGCUUGACUUGUCGCACACUCAGCACAUUGGACAGCUUUUCCGAACGCGUUUCAAGGGGUCACAGUUUAUAGUUGUUUCAUUGAAAGAAGGACUGUUCACGAAUGCGAACGUGUUGUUUAGGACACGGUUUAGGGAUGGGACGUCUAUCGUUGAGCGGACCGCCGAUCGGUCUGGGUCGGCAAUGUAUAGCGGGGGUAGACAAGAUGUCGAGGGCAAUGAGAGUACGAGGAGAAGCGGGCGAAGGCAAUGA